AUUUUAUAUAUAAUGCCCCCUUCUCGCUACGUCUCCCAUUUCAUAUGGAGCACAGACCGAUUACUUUUCUCAGUGCCUCAGUAAAACCCUAAUUUUCGAUCGCCAUCUCUCUUUCUCCCUAGUCCCUUUUCGUUUCUUUAUCUAAAACCCGCACUCCCUCCCUCUAGAAUCCUCGAAUCCCUUUCCACCCAAUCGAUUCACUUUAAUCGCUUCUCGAACCCUAACCAUUUCUCUCUACCCAUCUCUGUCUGACCUGAAAUCCCUCACUCUUCGCGCGAGAUCCGCUGAGACUUUCGUUGAAUUCUGUGAUUUUCUGGGGUUCUCUUUCUGUCCCGUCAAGGCUGGCGGUUAUUCGGGUCAAGUGAAUGGCGGAUCCGCCUGGGUUCCGUCCUCCCCCGCACGUGUGGUCUUCCCGAGAAAGCUUCCGGACCUGUUUCAUCUGUCUCCGUCCUUGUGUGUACCCCUCUGCUCGAUUUUCGUUGAUAGGGUUACAGAACUGCGACGAUUGCUGAGUGGAAAAAAUAGAAACAAAAGGUAGAAGAAAAGCAUGCUGAGUGUGCUGCGUGUGCACCUCCCUUCUGAUAUCCCCAUUGUAGGCUGCGAGCUCACGCCCUACGUUCUCCUCCGUCGGCCCGACAAGACAUUCACAACCGACGAUGUGCCUGAUUCAGCUCCACUGGACGGCCAUUUCUUGAGGUACAAGUGGUAUCGUAUACAAAGUGAUAGAAACGUUGCUAUCUGUAGCAUACAUCCAUCUGAGCAAGCCACAUUGCAGUGCUUAGGUUGUGUUAAGGCCAAAAUACCUGUUGCCAAAAGUUAUCAUUGCUCUCCUAAGUGCUUCUCGGAUGCAUGGCAGCAUCACCGUGUUCUACAUGACCGUGCUGCAAGUGCUGUAAAUGAAAAUGGAAAUGAAGAGGAAGAGUUGUUUGGGCGCUUCAAUAGUUCAGGAUCUGCAGCUAGCUUAUCUGGUUCAGCAUCAACUACUAGCUUGACGAAUGGUUCAACACCUUUGUAUCCUGCUGCUGUUACGCAGAGGAGCGGUGGUGAAACUUGGUUUGAGGUUGGGCGCUAUAAAACAUAUACCCCAACAGCUGAUGAUAUUGGCCAUGUUCUUAAGUUUGAAUGUGUUGUAGUAGAUGCUGAAACAAAACUUCCCGUGGGGCAUGUCAACACUAUAUUAACUUCUCGUGUCAUUCCAGCUCCCUCGCCUAGUCCACGCCAUUUAAUCCCGGUAAAUGGAGCUGAUGCGAUGGGGCAUCUAGAUUCAGAUGGCCGUGUUUCAUCCUCAGGAACUUUUAGUGUGCUAUCUUACAACAUUUUGUCUGAUGCGUAUGCUACAAAUGAUGUAUACAGUUAUUGCCCCUCUUGGGCUCUUUCCUGGCCUUAUCGCAGACAAAACUUGUUGAGAGAAAUAGUUGGCUACCGUGCUGAUAUUGUUUGUCUUCAGGAGGUUCAGAGUGAUCAUUAUGAGGAGUUUUUCGCUCCAGAGCUGGAUAAACAUGGCUAUGUUGGUUUAUAUAAGAGAAAAACAAAUGAGGUUUACAUUGGAAAUACCAACACAAUUGACGGGUGUGCAACAUUUUUCCGGAGAGACAGAUUUUUACAUGUUAAAAAAUAUGAGGUUGAGUUUAAUAAGGCUGCACAAUCUUGGACUGAUAGUCAGUUGCCAAGUGCUCAGAAGAAAACUGCUUUAAACCGACUAUUUAAGGAUAAUGUUGCACUUAUAGUGGUUCUGGAAGCGAAAUUUGGUAAUCAGGGAGUUGAUAAUCCUGGGAAACGCCAGCUUCUUUGUGUGGCAAAUACACAUGUAAACGUUCACCAAGAUUUGAAGGAUGUAAAGCUCUGGCAGGUUCAUACUCUCCUUAAAGGAUUGGAGAAAAUAGCUGCCAGUGCAGACAUUCCAAUGCUGGUUUGUGGCGAUUUUAAUUCUGUUCCUGGAAGUGCUCCUCAUUCACUUCUUGCUAUGGGGAAGGUGGAUCCGUUACAUCCAGAGUUGGCAGCAGACCCUCUUGGUAUCUUGCGUCCAAACAGCAAGCUGGUGCAUCAGUUGCCACUGGUCAGCGCUUACUCAUCCUUUGCGAGAAUGGGGGUUGGUCUUGGUUUGGAACAGCAGAGGAGGAGAUUGGACCCCACAACUAAUGAACCCUUAUUUACCAAUUGCACUAGAGAUUUUAUCGGCACACUAGAUUAUAUAUUCUACACUGCGGACUCUUUGACAGUGGAAUCCUUAUUGGAGCUCUUGGACGAGGAGGGCUUGAGGAAGGACACUGCACUUCCUUCUCCAGAGUGGUCCUCUGAUCAUAUAGCACUCUUAGCCGAAUUUCGCUGCAUGCCUAGAGCUAGACGUUGACACUUUGGGUGAUCCUGAGCAUCUUAGUGUUUGUCACUUUCUUGAGCAUUUCAAGUCUGGUCAGUCAGAGCAAAACAAAGAAAUCAUUGUUGGUGUUUGGACAGAUCAGAUGCAGAACAAAAACAUGCUUCCAGUUACAACUCUGCAUUCUAUAAGCAAGAGAUGUGGACAAUGGAAAAUACAUUUACUGAUCUACCACACAACUAAUAUGGCCUCUCCCAUUUUUUAUCCUUGAAGUAUAUUUUUCCUGAACUGGGUGGUAUAAAUGCAAACUAGGAACCAUGAUCGCAUAUUGCUUAAACCUUUUUCAUAAUGUUUUUAAGGGUUUUUGCCUUUUCUACGUAGUAGUUUGCAAUUGGUACUCCGU